AUGGGGGCAGUUUUGGGAACUUUAAUUUGGCUUCAUGAGGAGGAGGAGGAAGAGGAAGAGCAGCAACGGCGCCGGGAGGAGCAGCAACGCCUGCAGCAGGAGCAUGAGCAGACGCAGCUGCAGCGGAAACUGGCUGCCCAAAGACGGGCAGUUGGGCCUCACCGGAGAUCGCACACGAAGGAGACGACACGGAGGAGACUUUACCCAGCAAACAGGGUCUACCGGCCUCGAGUCACUUUCCUGGAACUGUCCGAGGAGGAAUGCCUGAGGAGGCUGCGCUUUUCCAAGCAGGUGGUCAGCGACCUGUGCAACCUCCUACAACAAGACUUAAUGCCAGCCGGCCCCGGUGGCCAUGCUUUGCCGGUGGCGGUGAAAGUCACCACAGCCCUUAACUUCUUUGCCUCGGGUUCCUUUCAGGGUGCCACCGGUGACAUUUCCCACAUCAGUCAGUCUGCAGUACACAAAUGCAUCAAACAGGUCACCAAUGCCCUCUUUGCCCGGGCCAAUGACUACAUCUGUUUCCCAAUGGACGCCAGCAGUCAGAACGACAGAGCGAUGGGCUUUGCCGCGGUGGCUGGCUUCCCUCGUGUGCAGGGGGUCAUAGACUGCACACACAUCGCCAUCAAGGCACCCGACAAUCAGCCAGCAGCCUUCAACAGAAAGGGCUAUUACUCCAUCAAUGUGCAGUUGGUCACUGAUCACCUACACAGAAUCAUGCAGGUCUGUGCCCGGUUUCCAGGCAGCUGUCACGAUGCCUUCAUUCUGCACCAGUCAACAAUUCCCCCACUGUUCCACUCGUGCCAAAACUUCAAAGGUUGGCUGAUAGGGGACAAGGAUUACCCCCUCCACACGUGGCUCAUGACACCUCUCCCCAAUCCUAGGACACCAGCUGAACUGAGGUAUAAUGAGAGCCACGGGACCACCAGGAGGGUCAUCAAGCACACAAUUGGGCUCCUCAAGCAACGGUUCCGUUGCCUGGACAGAUCGGGGGGGCCCUUGCAGUACAGCCCGCAGAGGGUCUCCCGCAUUGUGGUUGUCUGCUGCAUUCUGCACAACCUCGCUGUGCAAAGGGGGUUGCACUUGGAGGAAGAAGUGCCUGAAGUCCUCUCCUCAUCUGAUGAAGAAGACUUGGAUGAAAGUGAGGAAGGAAUGGAAGAGGGAGAUGAAAGUCAGCAGCUUAUAGCCAGAGAUGUCCGGAAUCAGUUCAUCACCCAAUGCUUUGGUUGA